AUGGCGGACUACGUUUUGUCAAAGCGAAACAAGCGAAAACUUGUUCACGAAAGCCACAUUUACGUUUUUUCCAAAAAAACAAAAAAUGAAGAUCAUGAAAUAUGGGUGUGCGAACAUCGAUCAAGCUGCAAGGGACGAGUAUGGACCGACGGAGAUGGUCAAGUUGUGAAAAUCGUUACGCAUCAUAAUCAUGCAGCACAAGCUGCUAGGCCAGCAGCUGCUCGUUUGGUUGCGACGGCAAAGGAGCGUUGCACGACGACACAGGAGACACCACAACAGAUUAUUGGAAACGUCAUCUCAGCAGCUCACGCCGAUGUUGCUGCAAUUCUGCCAAAAAAAGAGUCAUUGAAGAAAAUUAUCCGUAGAGCCAGAGGAGAUGAAGGAGUACCUGCACUUCCAAGAAAUAUCCAAGAAUUGGUGAUUCCUCAAGCGUUUAGUGAAAUUGUGAUUGAUGGCGAAGGGCAGCAGUUUCUCAUGUAUGAUUCGAUGGAUCAACUUGUGUCAGGAAGAAUGCUAAUCUUCUCAACUAGAAACAACCUUCAUCUUUUAGCGCAAAGUCACGAAUGGUUUGCAGAUGGAACAUUCAGUACUGCACCAGCUAUGUUUCAACAAGUUUAUACAAUCCACGCCACCAAAAGCAAUGCCGUGGUACCGCUAGUAUACGCUCUCUUACCAAAUAAAACAAGAGCUACACAAACAACACAAUUGUAA